GGGCCUCUGCGCCCGGGCCGCCUCCUCUGGGUAUAAACUAAACCGCGCGUUCCUGGAUUCCAACCGGCCUGAGUACCUCUUCUUUGCCACUUGCUUUGAACGGCCUCACCUCGUCUCCGAAUGGACCCCAACUGCUCCUGCUCCACUGGCGGCUCCUGCAGCUGCGCUGGCUCCUGCACCUGCAAGGCCUGCAGAUGUGUCUCCUGCAAGAAGAGCUGCUGCUCCUGCUGCCCCGUGGGCUGUGCCAAGUGUGCCCAGGGCUGCGUCUGCAAAGGCGCCUCGGACAAGUGCAGCUGCUGCGCCUGAAGGCGGGGAGAGCCUGCUCCCGGGUAUCAAUGGAGGAGCGUGGGCCAACCUGCAUUUUAUGCAUCUCUGACUUGAUUGCUACAUUCCCUUUCCUAGGAAAUAUGUGAAUGGUAAUAAAGGUUGUUGACACUAUUCUGA